GACGCAGUGUACACUGUACAGUAGUGAUCGAUCAUGGGCGGCGACGAGAAGCGCACCAAGUUCCCGUGGAUGGGCGUGGCGCGGUACGCGGUGACCGCGGUGCUCGCGGCGGCGGUGGCGGCGACCGUCGUGGCGGCCGUCGCGACGGUGCUCCGGCCGGUGGAGCUGGACCUGUCGGUGGCCAACGGCGCGGUGUCCGUGGAGCGGCCGGAGUCGGCGGCGUCGCUGAUCAAGUUCAGGGUGACCCUCCGCGCCUCCAACCCGAGCGGCCGCGCCGUGGUCCACUUCGGCGGCGACAACCUCGUCCGCCUCCUCGACGGCGCCGCGACGCGGACGGAGCUCGUCGCCUUCACCCUCUCCCCGUUCGUCGUGCCGCAGAAGGAGUCGCACUUCGUGACCAAGGCCGGGUUCCUGAACGCCUCCGCGCUGCCGGGGUCGCUCGCCGCCAGGCUCUACGACGGCGAGAGCGACCAGGUGGUGGUGCAGGCCGUGGCGUCGCUGAGCUUCACCAUCGGCGGCGCGCGCGGGGUGAGCGCCGGCAGGCGCGGCCACAACUUCACCUUCCACUGCUGGCCGGUGUCCAUCUCCAGCUACUACGAGGUGUCCGGCGGCGACGCCUCGUGCAGCCAACAGACCAUGGAGGCGGCGGUCACCGGCCUGGCCAACGACCGCUGCAUCGGCGGGCCCUGCCCGCAGCCGUUCAACAACGCCGGCAACUGCUCCGAGAAGAAGCCCCGGCCGUAGGGGAUGAUCAAUUGAUACCACAGUGUUUGAUUUGAUUUUCAUAUGCUACUGUAAUUAAUUUACAAAGUGAAUAAAUAAUUGUAAUGAAAUUGUACCGAAAUUUAAAUCAUAUAACACAGCAAAUGCUAUAUGGGAGAUUAAAGGCUCAGUUCCGGAAGAGCACA